GCCUGCGAGCGGGCCGGGGGAGGGACGCAGCACAGCUUAGCCGGACUUCAACCAAUCACAAGCCGCCCAACGGAGUCGGGCGCCAGGAGAGGCUGAGCUGGGUCGGCAGGAGGCGGGGAUUGCGGAAAAGAAGAACCAAUAAAAGCAAAGGUUCCCCGCCUCUCCGCCUUGAUGGACUGCCACGUUCGGACCAAUGGGGGAAUUCUCGCUUCGAAGGAAGCGGGAUUUAGACGCCGGGUUUGAGAGAGGUUGCGCGGAGGGGGAUGGGUGGAGACCGAGCCGCGUGGAAGAACCUUGAGGGUUUUGAUGGACCUGAGGGAGUCCUUUGACCUCCGCCAUGAGUCACGUGGGCUGACGGGGGCGGGGGCGGAAAGGCUGGAUAAGUUCCUUCCGGGUCAGUGACACAAGCGUGGACUCCGUGGGGGUAGUUCCUGGCGUCUUGGUCUUCCCGCGUCUUCCUUGUACCAGCGCGAGGUGAUUGUGGUUUCCACGAUGAGUUCCCAGAAAGGGAACGUGGCUCGUUCCAGGCCUCAGAGGCACCAGAAUACGUUUAGCUUCAAAAAUGACAAGUUUGAUAAGAGUGUUCAGACCAAGAAAAUUAAUGCAAAGCUUCAUGAUGGAGUUUGUCAGCGCUGUAAAGAGGUUCUUGAAUGGCGUGUAAAAUACAGCAAAUAUAAACCAUUGUCAAAGCCUAAAAAAUGGUUUAAUAAGGAACCGGAAAAGACAGAAAUUCCUGAAAGUAAUCUACGUUCCAACCAUAGAAGCUGCAGAAGAAAUGAAGAAGAAAGUGAUGAUGACUUAGAUUUUGAUAUUGAUUUAGACAACACAAAAGACAAUCAAGUGGAUUAAUAUAGUAAAAGUCACCUUGAAAACAUGAAAUUCUGGACGACUUUUGACUUUUGAGAGUUUUACACAAAAAUACUGUGAAAUCCUAACGAGCAAAAUAGCAAAAAGCUAUAGAAAACAGGCAGAAUUCACACAUGGACAAUAUAAAUUAUGCACGAUACUUGGAAAAUUAUAAAACUUUCAUCCAGAGUUUUCUUAUAAUAAAUUUUUAAGUAGCAUAUGCUAGAAUACCUGCCAGAAUGAGUAUUAGGGUAUCAUAGUGCAGUUCAUUGGAAUUAUUUGGAAGAGUAUACCAACUAAUAUCAAACUAAACAAGAUUCAGAAUUGUUGGUUGUGUAAGAACUAUCUCGUGGAAAAAUCAGUGCUAGCCUCAAAAAUUGGUCCUCAUUAAGUACUUUUUUAUAGAUCUAUCUCAAGUAAAUGGCCCACAUAACAAAGCCUCCUUACUUAUAAGCUUGCUUGUUACAAAAAGCUUGUUAUUUAUUUUUUAUAGUUAUGUUUUACAAGUGUGUAGCAGUUUUUCUUGGAAGUAUUUUUACAUACCUGAUCACAUUUUUUACAUUUCUUCUUUUGCAAAAUAUACAUACAGAAAAAAAUGUAUAAAAUACAUUAAUAUAUAAUUAUAAAGAAAAAUCAUAUAUCUGUCAUCCAGAUGAAGAGACUACUUUUAAACAAUAUAAAUUAGCUUUGCCUGAUUUUUAAUCCUUUUUUUCUUUUUAUCUUGAAAUAUCUCAAACCUAAACAAAACAGCAAAAUAGUACAAUGAAACUUUGUAUAUUCUUCAUCUAGAUUCACAGGUGAUUUGUUAUGUUUUCAUUAUAUCUCAAUAGAUUGAUAUAAAUACAUAUUUUAUUUGCUGAACCAUUUGCAAAUAAGUGACAGACAUUGGUUUUGAGCUUUGUGUGAGCAGGCUUAUACUAUGCAUGUUAUUUUGUAUCUCUUCUUUAUUUCAUUAUUUGUGAGAUUGAUGCAUGUUUAGUUGUAAGAGCUCCGAUUUGUUCAUGUUACAUUAUUGUGUUUUUUUUUUUUUUAAAGAUUUUAUUUAUUUAUUCGAAAGAGAGAGACAGCCAGCGAGAGAGGGAGCACAAGCAGGGGGAGUGGGAGA